AUGAAUAAUUUUAAAAACUUAUUGGAAGAAUAAAACGAUAGUCCUAAUUUCAUUGAAUUAAAUUAAACUAAUCUUUAGGAAUAAAUGGAUGAUAAAUAAGAUUAGUUAGAAUAUUUAAAUAAUUAAACAUUAUCCUAAGAGGAGCGUAAUUUGCCUAUUAUAGAAAAAAUAUAAAGUAAUAAAUGGCAAUUAAGAAAACUCGGCUACAAAGAAUUAUAAUAAUUGUUCAUAAAUCAUAACGAACUCAAAAACAUAUCACAAGCAGAAAAUACAAAAAUAUAAUCUAUAGAAAACUACGCACCUUGGUUAAAUAACAUAAUUAAUGAAAGCAAUAUGAUAGCAUUAAAUUAAGGAUUAUAAACAAUUUAAAUUUUUGUAGAUCUUAAUAAAGAUAUAUUAUCUAAUUAAAUAAUUACAUAUUAUAUAAGCGAAUUAAUUGAAAAAGCUUCAUUAUUAAAACCAUAAAUGCAAUAAACGGCAAUUGAUAUAUUAUUAAUAAGCUUAUAAAAAAGUGAGCACAAUUAUGCAUUAUAGGAAAUAAUGAAACGAUUUUUAAAUAAAAAUCCAAAAAUUGUAUUAUUUGCAUUAAAUACUAUUAACAUUGCUCUAGAAAACUAAUUACAAGAAAAUAUGAAUUUAUUUAAUAAUGAAAAUAUGCGUUAAAUAUUUAUUUAGAACUUAAAAUUAUUGAAACAUAUAAGUAAGGAAAUAAGAAAUGUUGCAAUAAGUAAUUUAAAAUUAAUAUAUUAAUAAUGCCAAGAUUCAUUUGAGGAGAUAAAGAAUUAAUUUAUGACUAAUUUAAGGUAAGUUCAUUUGAAAGAAAUAGAAGAAAUUUUCAAAAAAACGAAAAAGAAAUCCAAAUAAAUUCAAUUAAUAAUUGAAAAUACAAGCCAAAAUACUACCAAAGGAUAAUAAAAAGUAGAUUUACAUACAAUUGUACCAGAUAAAUUUUUCGAAAUUCCUUAUUUUUUACAAGUCAAUUUAAAAAUCAAUAAACUUGAGGAAAUGUCAUAAAACAUCUAAAAACUAAUAGACAAUAAGGCUAUUCCUAUAAAAGAAAAUAAAGACUAUUCGAAUAUAUUUAACGUGCUAAUUUCUUGUGUUUAAGAAAGCAACUUUUUAAUAUAUUCAGAAGCUAUUAAAUGUUUCCAAAAAUUAAUGAAAUUACUAAAAAAUGGAAUUACUUUUCCUAUAUUAAAACAUUUUUUAAGCCUGAUUUCUGAAAAGUUUAGAGGACCAAAAGCCAGAUAAUAAAAUUCUGUCGUCUGGUAAGCUUUAGAUGAAUGUUUAUUAAAUUAAUGCUGUUCAGUAGAAUCAAUAAUUGAAAUUCUUCUGAAUUAAGCAGAUAAUGAGAAAAAUCUACAUAUGAGAAUAGGAACUAUUAAUUGGUUAGGGGGGAGAUUUAUACCUUAUAGUGCAUAAAUAAUAAAAGAUUCAAUAAAUUUAUUAAAUGAAGAAAAUUAAAUUAUGUCGAAUAAAGGAGAAAAAAUAUAGAAAAUUAUGGAAAAUGUAAACAGGAAAAUAGAGCAAAUUAGCAAAAAGGCGCUGAAUUUAUAACUUAAAGAAGCAUGCUAAAAUUUACUUAUGAAAAAAUAAAAUGAUUAUUUUUAAGAAUUUGAUAAAGAAAACAAUAUUAACGAAUGUAAUAAUGCAAUAAUAUAAAAUUAAGAAAAUAAUAAAAUCAUUAAUAUUACAAAAAUAAUAUUAAAAAUAAUAAUAAAAAUGAUGAAAAUAUUUAUAAUAAUAAUAAUAAUAAUAAUAAUAAUAAUAAUAAUAAUAAUAUGGAUGUUCAAAAAUAAGAAGUAUUGA